GUUACCAGGAGGAUGAAUCAGCAGGAUGGAGAGCAGAGCAAUCUGGCUCAUUCCCUGUUCGAAACUUUUCUCCGUGCCAAGCAGAGCAGAGAGGUGAUGAGCAGCUUUGAGGCUCUGUGCAAACAUCUGGGCCUGAAGCAUACAGGCCGGCUCCAGUUCUACCACAAGCUCAAGUCUUGCCUCAACUAUUGGAAUGCCAAAGCCCUGUGGGUCAAGCUGGACAAAAAAGCCGGUCACAGAGACUAUGAUCAGGGAAAGGCGUGUGCCAACACCAAGUGCCUGAUAAUUGGGGCAGGCCCCUGUGGUCUCCGCUCAGCCAUCGAGUUGGCCUUCCUUGGAGCCCAUGUGGUGGUCAUAGAGAAGAGAGACGCCUUUUCCCGGAACAAUGUGCUGCACCUCUGGCCUUUCACCAUCCAUGACUUGCGGGCGCUGGGGGCCAAGAAAUUCUAUGGCCACUUCUGCACAGGCUCCUUGGAUCACAUCAGUAUCCGCCAACUGCAGCUGAUCUUGCUGAAAAUAGCCUUAAUCUUGGGUGUGCAGAUCCAUAACAAUGUGCAGUUUAAGGGGCUCAUUCCACCGGCAGCGAAGUCAGAUGGACAGGUUGGUGGCUGGAGGGCUCUGCUGCAUCCCUGCUCCUCUCCCCUGAGCCAGUAUGAAUUUGAUGUCCUAAUCUCCGCAGGCGGAGGCAGGUUUGUGCCAGAAGGUUUUAAGCGGAAGGAGACCCGUGGGAAACUGGCCAUUGGCAUCACUACCAACUUCGUUAAUCAUCACAGCAGGGCUGAGGUGGAGGUGGCUGAGAUCAGUGGAGUGGCUCGCAUCUACAACCAGCAGUUCUUCCAAAACCUCUAUAACAAAACAGGUAUUGAUUUGGAAAACAUUGUCUAUUAUAAAGAUGACACUCACUACUUCGUCAUGACAGCUAAGAAGCAGAGCCUGCUGAAGAAAGGAGUCAUCUUAAACGACAAGCUGGACAUAGAGAGCCUGCUGUCUCCAGAGAAUGUGAACCAGGAAGCUCUUCUAGCAUAUGCCAAGGAAGCUGCCAACUUUUCUACCAAUUACCAGAUGCCCAACUUGCAGUUUGCACUGAACCAUCACAGCCAGCCAGAUGUUGACAUGUUUGACUUCACCUGCAUGAGCCGCUCAGACAAUGCGGCACUAGUGCGUGACUGCAAUGGCACCAACCUGCUCAUUGGGCUGGUGGGGGACUGCCUGGUGGAGCCAUUCUGGCCGCUGGGUACUGGUGUGGGCAGAGGAUUCCUGGCAGCCUUUGAUGCUGCCUGGAUGGUAAAGAGAUGGGCUUCAGGGACACCCCCUCUGGAUGUGCUGGCUGAGAGAGAAAGCGUGUACCAGCGUCUGUCACAAACUUCCCCAGACAACACCAACAAGAACAUCAGUCAGUACAGCAUUGAUCCCACCACGCGAUACCUAAACAUCAACCUUCAAGCCAUCAAAGCUUCUCAGAUUCGCCACCUGUAUGUGAAAGGAGCAAUUGAAGAGGGCCAGAAGAAGAGGAGCAGUUGGGCUAGCCCAGAGGCAGUCUGCACAGACUCCAACAGAGCCUAUGAGGAACUCCUUAGCUGGUGUCAAGCUAACACAGCAAGUUACCCUGGCAUCAAAGUAGCGGACUUCGCACACUCCUGGAAGAGCGGCAUGGCCCUCUGUGCCCUCAUUCAUCACUUUCGACCUGAUCUUCUAGACUUCAACUCUCUGGACCAGAAUGAUCCCAUCGGGAACAACCAGAUAGCCCUUGAUGUGGCAGAGCAGGAGCUCGGGAUCCCUCCGGUCCUUUCCAGCACUGAAAUGGCUUCAAUGUCUGAGCCUGACCGACUUGGCUUGAUUACUUACCUGAGCCAGUUUUAUGAUGCUUUCAAGACCUCUUCAGUACUGGAGGAGAAAGCUGCAAAGCCUCUGUCACCACAUGGCACCAAGGGAGCGAUCCUCUUCCUCAGCAAGCUCCAGAAAAGCCUCUCUCUUUCACGUAAACGAGCCCAGGAUAGCAACACUCUGGAGUCACAAACCAAGAGGACGAAGCAAGAAGCUGGGAGUCCCCCCCUCUCUCUGGGGAGAAGCAGUGAUGCCUGCUAUUUCUGCGGCGAACACGUUUAUAUCCUAGAGCGAGUCAGUGCUGAGGGGCAUUUCUUCCAUCGUGGUUGUUUCAAGUGCCACCGCUGUAAGACGACGCUGCGGUUGGGGGACUAUGUCUUCAACGAGGACGAUGGCAAUUUCUACUGCAUGUUGCACUGUGCUGCCCACACAACUAUGGCUGUACCUGGCAAGAGAGACACCCUGAAAGCAGCAUGUAAGGAUUCCACCCAGCUCUACAUUCCUUCACACAAAGGCAAUAUGGACAUGGCUGCUGAAGAGACCAGAACAGAGAUGGACACAUUUCAUCAAAGCCCAGAUGAGAACUUAUCUUCCUUCACAGACCAUCUGCCCGCAGAGCAACCUGCAGAACUACCAAUAUUACCCCAGGAAGAUGCCAACGUGUCUCCGUCAAGAGAAAAUGGAGGCGCCAGUACUGCAAACUCAUCACAGUUUCUACCUCACCAACAUUCUGCUGAGAGGGAUGAGGAGUGGGGAAGUCCUGUCUGUGAGGCCCACUUAAGUUCACAGCUUGUGGAGAAAGAGACAGAGGAGGGCAGGGCCCCUCCUAAGAAACGUGGAUAUGCCCUACGAAACUGGACUUACAACCUGUCCCAGGAAGAGGCACUUGGGAGCCUAAAUACAGGAACACAAGGAGCUCGAGUAGAGCCUCCAGGUCUCAGAGAAGUGCCAACUGCCUCUGACCCCAAACUAGAAACGGAAGAAAGUGAAGAUUCCCAGAGGAAGAGGAGGAUUUACCUGUCUACCCAGGAAAAGCUUGAAUUAUCCAGGCUGAGUCCAGUUUCAGCCUCGUUUAAUUUUCCAGAUAUGAACCAGAUGGAAAGUGACAGUGAAGAGGAACAAGUGGCAGAUGAAGAAGAGGAUAGCCAAGAUCUUUGUGCAAAGAUGUAUUCCUUGAGCGUGACUGAAGAAGAAAAAUACCCAACCUGGAAAAAGACAUUGAUGCGACGAGCCAAAGAGGCUGAAAUGAAAAGAUUUUGCAAAGCCCAGUCAAUCCAGAGGCGGCUAGAAGAGAUUGAGGUGACUUUCCGAGAGCUGGAAAAACAGGGAAUAAAACUGGAGCAAUCCCUCCGGGAAGAAGGCGGAACAGAAUCUGAACUGAAGAAGCUAUGGAUGAACCAGUUGCUUUUCCUUGUCCAAAAGAAGAACAGCUUGAUGUCCGAGGAAUCCGACCUCAUGAUUGAGGUAAAAGAACUGAAGCUAGAGGAAGAGCAGAGUCAGCUGGAUCAAAAACUGCGGCAGUAUUACAACAUGGAAGAGCCACUGAAAACCGCAGAGGACCAGCUGGCAGAAAAAGAGAUCCUGUCCCAGUUGCUGAAGGUUGUGGAUCAGCGGAGUGCUCUGAUCGAGAUGCAGGAGAAUAAACGCCUCAGCGAGCUCUGUGAGGGAACUCCAAAGUUGUAG